GUCGACGGUUGUAGCGGAUAUUGGACUGAUGGAGUGGGCGAUAUGUAUCGUUCUGAUUUUAUGAUUGAUCAUGAUGCGUUGCCACCUGACCUUCUACGGCAGUUGCGCCUUGAGCCUCCAUCACUUGUCUCUGAUCAUGUGGAUAUUCCGGUCUGGACCCUCUCUACGGAUGGGAAGUUUACCCUUGCUUCUGCUAAGGAACUGCUUAGACCGAGGAGGGUUGAUGAUGUUGAGGAUACUGUGUUUAAGAGGUGUUGGCAGCGACACCUACCUUGGAAGAUGUCCUUUUUGGUGUGGCGCGUGUUGGAGAGGCGUCUUCCCACUGAUGAUGUCCUGACGAGAUUUGGGCUUGCUUUACCCUCACGAUGUCUCUGUUGCUCGUCGCCAGGACGGGAGACCAUUACACAUAUAUUUUAUCAGGGGAGCAUGGCGCAGCGUGUUUGGACUUAUUUCACCGAGUCUGCCCGUAUCAUGGGCGCACAUCACAGUUUGAGGUCCGUCGUGAGCAUAUGGUGGGCGGAGAGGCCGAGGAGCAGGAUGCUCUCGUUCCUGUUCCACCGCCUGCCGAUGAUCAUUCUUUGGGAGCUUUGGACGCACUAUGCUGCGUGCAAGUAUGGGGAUGCUCGCCCCAACUUUGCACGCAUUAUCUUUCGGGUGGCUACGGCGGUGUCGCAGUGCAUCUAUCGUCGCUGGCCUAGCGGAGGUCUUUUGCCUCCCCGAUGGUCGGUGAUUAUGGAGCACGUUCGACGAGGAUCUGGACGCAGGAGGGUGGUGCCGAUUUGGUGGGACCCACCGCCGGAUGGCGCGGUCAAGGUGAAUGUGGCGAGAGCCCCGCUCCGUGGGGCAUAUGCAGCGAUCGUGCGUGACUCGACAGGUAAGUUUCUCUAUGCUAUUUCUUCUAUUGCAUUCAGGUGGGAUCCAGUGGAGCGUGGAGGGAUGGACGUGCUUCUUCGGUGUAUUCAGUGGUGUAUAUCUCAGUCCUUCUUGCGUGUCCACGUGGAGUCCCACCAUUCAGAGUUUGCUUGUUUCUUUAGGGAGGGUACCCCGUGGUACCUUCAUGAUGUUUAUGCUAGACUGCGUUUCCUCUGUUCUACUGCGACGGUUCAGUGGUUUCAUUGUGACGUUCGGGUGAAUGGUCCGACGACUGAGUUGGCAUUGUGGGCCGUGGAUAGUACAGAGGGGAUGCGGGAGUUUACUAAUCUGCAGGAUCUUGAUAUUCGGUUCUUGGAUCACACUUCUUUUGGGCAUCCUCAUCUUGUUGGAGUUUACUCCUGGGAUUGGGCCAUUUCGAUUGAUCUGUUCGGCUGGGCUUGGACUAUUGGGCUGAAGCAUUGGGUCGUGGCUGUUGGGCUUCGGUUCCUAAUGGGCUUCUCGAUGAUCAGGGCUGGCACGGAUGCUUGGUGGACAGGUCGCUUUGGGCUUGGUUCGCGGCGGGCCUCGUUGUUUGGGCUGGAGGACGCUGGCCUUGAUUCUUUAUGGCCGUGGUUUUGGGCCGUUCUUGCAUUGGGCCGAGUUGGAUUGGGCUGCUUUUGGACUCUCAUGACUGGAUUUGGAUUGCAUUGGGCCGUGGCUGUUGGGCUUCGGUUCCUAAUGGGCUGCUCGAUGAUCAGGGCUGGCGCGGAUGCUUGGUGGACAGGUCGCUUUGGGCUUGGACCGCGGCGGGCCUCGUUGUUUGGGCUGGAGGACGCUGGCCUUGAUUCUUUAUGGCCGUGGUUUUGGGCCGUUCUUGCAUUGGGCCGAGUUGGAUUGGGCUGCUUUUGGACUCUCAUGGUGAAGAUCUUCCAUGACUUUAAUAAUAGAAUUCCUUCUGCCAGAGGUGAAGAUGAUCAUAUCAUCAGCAAAAGCCAAAUGGCUAAUAGGUUGAACUCCUUUAGGUUGGGUAAAAGGGACAAUGCCUUUGUGUUGAAUUCUGUUGUCAAGCAGUUGAGACAAAAAUUCAGAU